AUGCUUAAACGACUGGUAGGAGUUGGUACGUCUCGUACGCGAAAUUUCAGUCAUUUUGCAGCCCUGUGCGAGAAACAAGCUAAACAAAUAGGCUCUCAAGAGGCAGAUGGAUUCAAAGACGAGCAGGUAUCGUCGAUUCAAGAGAAGACCCUGUUUGAGCAGAUCUUCACACAAAUCAUGAAAAAAGACGAGGAGAAAAAGCGGUCGAAGGACGUUUUAAAAUUGCUUAUAGGCCAGACGGAUCCCAAAUCUGGCGAUAGUUUAUCGAAACAGCGAGACAAUGUUCAGGUCGUCUUCGAGAAGAAAAAAUCGAAACCAGUAGACGCCACGCUCUCCAAGUUUUUCCGUGAUGCUGUGGGUGACAUGAGCGACUCGGGUAACCUGGCAAGAAUGACAACGGAGGAUAUUCGCAAAUAUCCAGUUUCGCUGACGCCAACAUACUUCUCCAGUGAAAAGACCUCUGGCAAUGCUGUAGACGGAAAAGACGUGGAACAGAGCACUCCGGUAUCGGCAGGUGCCUAUAUCAAAAAUGUAUUGACGUCCGAGAUGAAGCUCAGUUCCCAGGUCGAGACAGCAGAAAGCGGUAUAAACCCAAAUCUUCUCAAACAGAUUGAAGUCAAAAACCGUCUGACUGCCAAGCUCGAAAAGCUUCUAGGACCAUACCUGCUCCACUUGCAAAAUCGCGUACAAACCGAUGGAGAUUGCAUCUUGGUUAUUCAGGAACUUCUUUCGCAGUACUUGAAAAGGAAUCCUGAGCUCGAGACUGACAGUCUGGAACAUUUGGAACAAAAUGGUGUAGAGAACCCAACUUUUCUGCCGCAACCAUUCCAUGUUACAAUGCCUUUCAUUAUUAGGCAUCUUUUGACGAGCGCCGAUUACCGUUUUCCACCUGAACGCAGAUACACUUUGAUAUCGCUCAUCUACAAUUCGUGCAAAACCGCCACAGAUGUCUCGCUGUACCUCAACGUGUGCAACAUUGAUUUUUACAACCUGCUCAUCGAACUAUCGUGGGAAAACUACCAAGAAAUACAUCAAGUAAAACAGCUGGUCGCUGAAAUGACGGCAAAUGGUAUUAUAGGCGACUUGCAUACGGUUGAGCUGCUCACAAAUAUCGCCAAAACUAUGAGAUACAUGAAUGACGGUAUAGCUGACGACUCGACCUGUUCAGACACUGCUUUGACCGUGGGGGUUGUUUGGUGCAGGGAAAACGCUCACGAUUUGAACUAUAUUGAAGACUACCUGAGAAAACUCAAGGAAAGCCAAAGUUCAAGCGUCUGA